AUGACAUCCAGCGACGAAUCCAUCCGAAAGCCCUGGAAGAGCUGCUUCCGUGAUGGCCUUUUUGACGGACAAGUCGCCUUGGUCACUGGUGGUGGAACGGGAAUUGGCCGCGCCAUUUCGUUGGAACUAGCCACACUGGGCGCUAUCGUCGUGAUUGCCAGUCGAAAUCGUUCCAAGUGCGAAGAUGCCGCCAAGGAAAUCAACCGUCAGCUCAGUGGCAAUAGCAAGGGCCGUGUGGUUGUUGGCAAAUCCUCUUUGAAUAUACGAAAGGAAGAGGACAUUGAGAAUCUGAUUGCUUCCAUUUUGGAGGAGCACAAAAGACUGGAUAUUGUGGUGAAUAAUGCUGGCGGGCAGUUUGUUUGCCCUGCAGAAGACCUUUCGAAUCGAGGUUUUUCGGCCGUCAUGGAAACAAACUUGCGAGGCACUUUCCUGGUCUGCCGUGAAUCUUUCAACCAGUGGAUGGGUGAGCAUGGAGGCAGAAUUGUCAACAUCACUUUGGGAAAUCGCAACGGAAUGCCCUACAUGAUGCACUCUGGCGCUGCUCGAGCUGGAGUAGAAAACAUGACGGCAACGCUUUGUACGGAAUGGAUCAAUUCCGAUGUACGCGUCAACUGUGUGAGACCCGGGGUCGUCUAUACCGAUUCGGGGGCCGAAAAUUAUGGCGAAGCGGAAGACAUGCUUCUGGAACGAGUUUUACCUUCAAUACCUGCAAAGAGAUUUGGUACACCGGAAGAAAUCAGUUCCGCAGUGACAUGGCUGCUUUGUGAAGGUGCCAGCUACGUCACUGGAGCCAUUUUGUGUGUAGAUGGAGGCAGCUCUUACACAUUCCUACCGCUGAUCGACAUUGAGGACGCGGCGCACUUGCCAUUCUAUGGAAAGCUCCCCAAGAAAGCUAGGCUAUGA